CGAGUGUGCUGGCAGCAUCCAGAACCUAAGCACCGAGAAGUUUCCGGUUCGGUCUACCCCAUUUCGCGAUUCCAAGGAUGACUAGCAGUGCUAGCGAAUUGGCCAGCACAGUGGCCACUGCCACGGCUGCUGCCAUGGAGGACCUCCGCUUCAGCUUGACGGAUUACAUAGUCUUCGUCCUGAUGCUGAGCGCCUCGGCAGGAAUUGGAGUUUACUUCGGAUUCUUCUCGAAGGCCAAGAACACCACCGAGGAGUACCUGCAGGGUGGAAAGAAGAUGCCAACGCUCCCUGUAGCCAUUUCCCUUGUCUCGAGUCAGCUGUCUGGAGUUGCCAUGAUGUCGGUUCCGGCGGAGACUUACUCCUUCGGAUUCAAUAUGAUCUUCGUGGUUUGGGCCAUGGUCUUGGCGGUGCCCACCCUUAUAUAUAUCAUUGUGCCCGUUUUCUACGAUAACAAUGUCUCCAACUGCUACGAGUAUCUAGAGAUGCGAUUCAGCAAGCGCACACGACAACUGGUGACGGUUACCUUCGUCCUCAACCAAUUCCUGAUGCUUCCCGUGUACAUGUUUGUGCCUUCGCUGGCCUUUUCCCAAGUCACCGGAUACAACAUUCACCUGAUCAACACUGUGGUCUCAUCCGUCUGCGUUUUCUACACGAUGCUCGGCGGGAUCAAGGCGGUUGUCUGGACAGAUGUGGUUCAGGGAGGCGUCAUGUUGCUCUCGGUCAUUCUGGUGGCCAUUUUGGGUACCUCGAACUCAGGAGGCUUAGCCAGUGUUUUGGAAAACGCCACUGAGGGUGGCCGUUUUAACUAUGAUUUUGGUAUCGAUCCCCGCCUGCGCGCCACCUUCUUUAGUGGAAUGGCCAGCGGACUUCUGAUGUGGACAAGCAAGCUUGGCAUGGAUCAGAGCUGCGUGCAGAGGAUUGUGUCGAUGCCCUCUUAUGGCCACGCCAAGAGGUGCCUUCUUAUGGCUGGCUUUGGUUUCAUACUUAUCAUGUCCUUCACCUGCUUCAUCGGCAUCAUCAUGUUUGCCUACUACUACGGAUGCGAUCCCAUUCAGGCUGGGCUGGUCAGCAAACCCGACAAGUUGAUGCCGUUCUUCAUCCAGGACAUAAUGGGGCACAUAAUGGGCAUGCCUGGCAUCUUCAUCUCCUGCGUUUUCAGUGCCUCGCUGAGUUCCCUUUCCGCCAGUCUCAAUUCCUUUGCCGGAGUGGUUUACUUCGACUACAUCAAGCCGCGCAUCAAUCACACUGAAGCCAAAGCCAAUGCAACUAUGAAAGUGGUGAUCAUGGUUAUGGGAGCGUACUGCAUCGUGGGCGGCUUCGUCGUGCAGAACUUCAACUCCAUUAUCCAGACAAUGUGGACGAUAACCGGCAUCAAUAUGGGCGCUGUCGUGGGAGUGUUCUGCCUGGGCAUGUUUGUGCCGCGUUGCAAUGCCAAGGUGGCGGUGAGUGGGAUCGCCUUUAGCUGUGUGGUGAUGCUGUGGAUCAUCAUCAAUGGCCAGAUGAACUUCAAGGCUGGACUGAUUAGGUACGAUACCUUGCCCAAUGGCCUGGACAAGUGUGAGGCCCACGGUUUCGAGCUGAUCUUGAAUGCUAUAAACAAUAAUGCCACCAGCGUAGCCACUACUGCGAUUCCCUCGCUGGAAGCUCCCAAGGAGCUUACAACCGCAUUCGGCAGCAAUCGCGACUUUUCCAUCUACGACACAUCCUUUUACUGGUACAAGGUGAUGGGUGCUAUUCUAGUCUUCGCGUGGGCCAUUCCCAUGAGCUAUGUGUGGCCCUUGGACAAGGAUGAAAAGCAGAACCCCAAGCUCUACUCACCAUUCGUCCGAAACUUGUUGAACAAGCCAAGUCCAGUUUUGGAGCUGGAAGAGUUGCCUCUGAAGACGCCACUUUCCGAGGAGCAAAUCAAGGAAAAGGAAAACGGCAGCAUAGCAGAAGCUUAGUAUUACCACAUCUGUACAUUUGCAUUAGAAUUUUUAAGGAUGAAUAAGAACUGGUGUAAUACACCAUCAUAUCAGUGGAUCAUAUAAUCAAAGGCUUACAGCUCUAAUGAGAUUGCCUUCAUAUUUAGCUAACGAAUAUUUCCAAAAUAAAAUGACAUGUUAUUUA